ACUCUCCGUGGCUGCAGCGAGAAGGCUCGCGGGUUGCUAAUCCGAGAGCCGCUAUCAAUGGACGAACUAUUCAUGCAUUCACUACUCGGACGAUCGAAUGACCGAGUGAAUGUUUGUGGUAAAUGUUCACAAGCUGGCAGAAUGCGCGCGCCCUCGACGCAAGGAGCUGCAGGAAUUUGUGCAUUAUAUCGCCUUCCGCCUUCCUCGUGGUGCGCUCGGCUUGCAUCCGCGAACAUGUUCGACUUGCGCAGUAUCCGGUUUGUCAAUCCUGCAUCCGUCGGGACUUCAAGCAACUGCUUAUAAACGGGACACAUCCAGAAAUUCUAGCAGUGACCAGUGGUUGGAAGUCUCAGACUCACACUCAGAGCCUCGAACUCGGAGGAAAUUGUGACUCGCUACCUAAGGGAGCAGCGUGCAAGCACGACAUCGAAAGCAGACAACGAACGCGGACGGCAAGAGCACGUCGCCAGCAGUUGGGUGGGUGAAAGACGGCUGUUAGUUGACACAGUGAAGUGGAGUUCGGACUGGGCUGAUAGGUGAUUGCUAGGGAGGCUCAAACCAACACGUGGUCCAAGCUUUCAACAGCUCAAGUCAAGGCGAAAAGAGUAUUGCACACGACUGUGAGGACAGUGACAGAGGCUGAGAAAGCCAUGGCCCCGGAUCUUCUACGCCAGCUCCUGCUGCAAGUGUUCAUGGCAUUAGCUGUUAGCUGCCUUGUUCUCUGCACUUCCACAGCAAAUGGUCAACCAAGAGGCCGACAGCAAGCAGAGAUCAACUGCCAGGCGUUUGCCGUACGUCGUGAACUAGCCAUCGACGGCUUCGAAACAGAGCAGAUCAAUGUUGGCGAAUGCCGUGGAUACUGUCGCCAGGGCAGCCAAGUGGCCGAGGGCAAGCUGAAGUUCCGAAAGAAGCGUAAGGUGUUCAAGCUGAGAGUGGACAACAAGUGUGAGUGCUGCCAGGUGACAAAGCUACAGCUGUACGCACAGCGACUAACACCGCUUGCUGCUGACGCUGUUGCGACGGCGGACGACGAGAAUGGCCUGGAGAUCACGGAGAGCAGAAUACCACAGGAGUCGAUGGAUAUGGUGCAUCGGCGACGAGACGCGACCACCAACGAGUGGUACUACGAGGCGCAUGUCCACGUGGUCGGAGGCUGCGGCUGUGCACGCUGCAACGACACCAUCAAGCCGCGGGUGCCGAUACACGAGUACAUGCACACGCUCUCAGAGUUACAGCUCGAGGCCACUGCUGCCCCCACCGCCGGCACAACCCACGAAUACCCUACACACCUAGCAGUGGAUGAAAGCUAGCCAAGACAUUACCAGCCCAGUACAGUGCUUGUUGCACUCCCUGAAACGUCUGCUCAGUGCUCAAUACUUCAACCAAGCUCAUUUACUCUCAAAUUUCUAUAUAAUUAUCAGCUACAAAAGAGCACCGUAGGCCUUGAAUGAAUAACAUCUGCAAAUAUACAUGACCAUGUCAUAUCGCCGGACCUAUCAUAACCCCAUAAUGACUUCAGUUUGACAGCUAGACUAAUGGCCACUCCGUACUUCAGUUGUGCAGUGCGGCACCCAGGAAAGCGGGCACAUGCGCAGGACAACGGUCACAAGAUCCUGUACGAAGAAGUUGAAGUGAAGCCGAUUAUCACGGUGCGAUGUGGUUCCUUAGAAACUUUCCUGUACAUAAACUGAAGUAUAACUCCACAACUAUCAUCCACAUCUCGCACACAGCUCGCAUUCAACUAUCUUGUAAUUGAUUUCGAGCCACAGAGGUUAUACUAAUCGCAGUGUGAGAGAACAGAAUUACAACCUGUAGGUUAUUUACUCGCCUACACUUCAAUGAGACCACUAACUGGCAUUCUCUGAGCGAAAGGGACAUAAUCGAUGUUUGAGCUCUACAAUAUCUGUUGACAGCACACAGCUUUCUUCUCUAUUACAGAAUCUAACCUCAAUUAAAGUCACAUGCAUAACCUGCAACACGUUAUAUUAUUAAUGAUAGCGUGCAUAGA